UCUCUUUCUCUCCUUCCCGCCCGUUGUGAUCGUAUUCAUUACCUCUCUCUAAAAUCUCUCUCUCUCACUCUCUGCUUUUCCCCUUUCUCUUUUCCCUUAAAACGUUCACGAGAACCUUGUUUGCUUAUAUUUUUCUUCACGGCAGGGGCUAUUUGGCCGGAAUUUCUCCUUUUCCAGGCGAAUUGAGGCCUAUUUCACCGGAAAUAAUUGGCUUGAGAAUAUAUAUCUUCUUCAUUGCAGCGGUUAUUUUGCCGGACUCUCGUUUUCCAGACGAAUUGAGUCCUACUUCACUGAUAAUAAGUGGCCAGAAAAUGAACAGAUCUUUAUUGAAUGUGCAGAUGAAGUAUCUCUGAUGCAGUUUAGAAAGCUCACGUGAAGAUUAUAUCUUUCUUUUUUUUCUCACUGGUUCAUUUUUUCCACACGGCCUAUCGCCAUCAUUUUUGGAUUUUUAUUGAAGAAUAAAGUUUCUGAACUGGAAGUUGGUGAAAGAGAAGGAGAGGUUUAUGCAAAGGGGCCAGCCAAUCUUUUCAAUUUAGGAGGAAUUUGGAGGAGUUUCUUCUCUCUCCCUUUCUAAUUGAAGAGAAAAUGCCACAAGAAAGCCACUGUGAUUCAGGCGUCCAGCAACCCAUUUUCACCUCCCCUUGUAAAAGCUUCAGGGGGCUCAAGAUGUUGAAUAAUAAUCAUGAGAAUUCAUCCUUGCCUGAAGGUGGUGGACAAAAUAGGGCAAUAUAUGAUGGAUUGGCCAUGUGGAAAGCUGAAGAAGCAGCUUAUAGAAGAUAUCAGGCAACAGAAUGGCUUAGGCAGAUGGACCAUGGGGCUAACGAAACAUUAUCAAAUGAACCAUCUGAAGAAGAAUUUUGUCUUGCUUUGCGCAAUGGUCUCAUACUCUGCAAUGUCUUGAAUAAAGUCAAUCCGGGUUCGGUCUCAAAAGUGGUCGAAAGUCCGAACCUUACGGUUCCACUUGCAGAUGGGGCAGCACAAUCGGCAAUUCAGUACUUCGAGAAUAUGAGAAACUUCUUAGUUGCUGUUAAAGAGUUGAAGCUUUUAACUUUUGAGGCAUCUGAUCUUGAGAAGGGGGGUUCCUCAACUAAGGUUGUCGACUGCAUUCUUUGUCUGAAAGGAUUCCACGAGUGGAGACAAGCUGGUUGCAAUGGAAUAUGGAGGUUUGGUGGGAUCACAAAGACCCCAUGGUCCAUCAGAGGUCUACCAUCUUCUUGUCAAGGUGCUGGAAAUAUGGUUGAGCCCUCAGAGAAUUCUAGUCUGCUAUGUGAAGGACGCCUGUCUGAAUUGUUGGAUCUCUCUAGUAAAAUCUUCCUUGAAGAAUCCAACACUGGUGUUUAUUUGAGUUCUUUAUUUGAUAGAUUUGGAUUUAAGCUCCUACGAACUCUCUUAUUAGACAUGAAAGAUUCUGAGGAUUUUACCUUGAAUGGAAUGCUUCUCGACAAUGUUUUGGGAAAAGUCACCAAAGAAUUUAAUGGCAUGCUUCUCAACCGUAGUAACCAGGUGCGAUUGCUUCUUAAAGACACACUCAGAGGAGAUGAUAAUUAUUUCUCAAAGGACGAAUUUUUGGAGGCAUUUUCAAGAUGCCUUGAUUGGAAGCCUAUCGAAGCUCUUGCAGAUGGAUUGAAAAAGUGCUCUUGUGGUGGUAUGAGAGGAGAAAACCAGAGUAAGGACCAUAAAGGAAGCAUCCAUGAGCAACAGAUUGACCGUCAGCAGAAAGAACUUGGGGAGAUUAAAUUCUGGUACAAUGAGACAAAGGAGCAGCUACUGUGCUUGCAAUCAAAUUGGGAAGACGAGUUAAACAACCUUGACCGCCAUAUCCAUGGCCUUGCAGCAGCUGCAUCUUCCUACCAUAAAGUGUUAGAGGAAAAUCGUCAGCUCUACAAUCAAGUAAUGGACCUGAAAGGGAGCAUAAGGGUCUAUUGCCGCGUGCGGCCUUUCUUGCCUGGGCAAUCUGAUGGGCAGUCCACUGUAGAUUAUAUUGGAGAAAAUGGGAAUAUUAUGAUUGUUAAUCCUGAUAAAUCUGGUAAAGAUGCAAGGAGGAUGUUCACAUUUAACAAAGUCUUUGGAACCAAUGCAAUGCAGGAUCAAGUAUUUGCGGACACACAACCAUUGAUUAGAUCAGUUCUGGAUGGAUACAAUGUCUGUAUUUUUGCAUAUGGCCAAACAGGGUCUGGAAAGACAUAUACCAUGACGGGCCCAGAAUUAAUGGAUGAGGAUACAUGGGGGGUGAACUACCGAGCUCUCCGUGAUCUCUUCCAAAUAUCAAAGGACAGGAUGGAUGUCAUAACAUACGAAGUCAGUGUACAGAUGAUAGAGAUUUAUAAUGAACAAGUUAGAGAUCUACUCGUGGCUGAUGGUUCCAAUCGAAGAUUAGAGAUACGAAAUAAUUCCCAAAUAAAUGGUUGCAAUGUACCUGAUGCAAAUUUGGUUACAGUAAGAUCAACGCAAGAUGUUCUGGAUUUGAUGAAAAUGGGUCAUAGAAAUCGUGCAGUUGGAGCAACUGCUCUGAAUGAACGAAGCAGUCGUUCUCACAGCGUGUUAACAGUCCAUGUCCAAGGGACAGAAUUAGCCUCUGGCUCAAUCCUCAGGGGAUGCCUUCAUCUCGUAGACCUGGCUGGUAGUGAGAGAGUAGACAAAUCUGAGGCAGUUGGUGAAAGAUUGAAGGAAGCACAACAUAUCAACAAAUCACUCUCCGCCUUAGGAGAUGUCAUAUCUGCCCUUGCACAAAAGAGCACCCAUAUUCCAUACAGAAACAGCAAGCUCACUCAGUUACUACAAGACUCCUUAGGUGGGCAUGCGAAAACUUUAAUGUUUGUCCAUAUAAACCCAGAACCAAAUGCCUAUAAAGAGACAAUCAGCACACUGAAGUUUGCUGAACGUGUCGCAUCAGUAGAGCUUGGAGCAGCUUCUUCCAACAAGGAAAGUGGGGAAGUGAAAGAACUUAAACAAGAGAUCUCAAAUCUGAAGUUGGCAUUGGAGAAGAAAGAAGCUGAAGUGGAGCAAUUGCAAGGAAGUAAGUACAGUAGGAGCAGUUCAGAGACUCAGAGGACCAGAAUCGCAGUGUCACCAAUAAACUUACAGAGACAAGCCAGUUCUGCAAGCUCAAAACCAGAACACAACUUGCAGACCACACCAGUUGAAUUUGGAAGCAUUGAGGUGAGAAGCCAUUCUUCAGGGAAGCAGCGAAGACCUCAUCAUCAACGUGGAUACUCAGACAAAGAACUCGAUCUGAUCUCACCCCUUGUAGCCCCUGAGAGCCCUUAUAACUCUCGAAAGCUAAGGUCUCCAUCACCACCAAUACGAAGAUCACUAUCAGCUGACCGUUCUGCCCUAAAAAGCAGAGCAGAGCUUGAAACUCGAGGAGACAAAGGCAUCAACAAAUCCAUGGCGAUUCCUUCAACAUGUAAAGUUUCGGAGCAAAGGGGGUGGGCUCCACAAGAUCUGGCCAAGCAAGAUAGCAUCUCCGAUAUGUUCUACCAACUCUGUAGGUCAAACAACCCAAGGAAGAUCUACCCAGAGGAGGAAGGGCAAGAAGAGGAGCAAUUCAAGGUGCCGGCCCUCAGUGUGAGGCAUGGUGGGGUCAAGAAGCCUAAGCCAGAGGCAAAGGCCAAGCCCAAGCUAAGUAGGACCCAUGGUACUGACACGGCAUUGACACAACUCUCAAGUAAGGCCAAUACUGCUGAUAUGGCACUGACAGAACGGGCCUCAAAAUCCAAACGGCCGCCUCCUAGUGGGUCCAGUAAGGCUGAUGUGGCAGCUAAUGGGGAACAUUCAGAGUUGGACACUGAGGGGAGUAGGAAGAGUGAUUUUUCAGAGCCUGACAUGUGGGUGGAGCAUGUAUUGGCUGUUUCAACAGCUCAUCGAGUACCUAGAGAAAAGAAGCCCAAUCGAAGUACGAUGAGGAAUUUGAGCCAUGUUGAAUCAAGAGUCUUAGCUUCAAUGGUGGACCCAUUCUCAAGCACUAAACAUGAGAAUAAGCCAUCAAAUGAUAUCACUCGUCAUGGGAGAGAGGGUGCAGCUUCCAUCCCUGAUUUGAGGCGCAGUCGCUCUUCACCUCGAGGAAAAUUCACUUUCCUAUGAAAUGAAUCUUGCUUUUCCAUCCUCUAGUCGAUUAUUCUUCCCUUAACACUAGAUUGUUUUUUGCCUGCUCAUUAUAGUGUGCCACAUUUUUCCCUUCAAACAUGUCAUGGCACAAAUCUUCUGCCUUUAUUGCACUUUUUUUUUUGUAAUAUUUUCAAAUUGCUUUCUUGUCAAUAUAAAUUAUUUAUUCUGUGUA